AUGUUAUCGGGUAAAGGCGAGUGGUGGCGAUCGUGGAUCGCGCUGGCGAUUGUAGUAAUCAUAUCAGUAACAAUAGCAACAGCCAAGGAUGUCGAUGUACGCAUAAAAGACUUAGAUGUGGCAGCAAGUCACCAUAACCACCACAGCGAACACGGUGAUGGCCAAGAACAUCAAGGGCAUCAUCACGACGAACACGGCGAGAAAGGAGAAAAGGGCCACCAUCACCAUCAUCACUAUGAUCAUGGAGAACACGAACACUUUGGAAAGAAGCAUGAAGAAGGACAUCAUCAUGAACACGGUAACCAUAAGAAGCAUCAUCAUGAUGAGCAUGGCGAUCAUGGAGAGCACCACGAGCACGGCUAUGAACAUCAUGGGAAGAAUCACGGUCACAAAAAAGGCCACAAGAAAGGCGAAAAAACUCAUGGCUACCACAAAAAAGCUCAUAAGGACGAAUUUCACAAGGAACACAAGUUUUACGACGACCAUCAUCACGGAGGGCAUCACGAGAAACAUGGACAUCAUCACGAGCAUCAUGGAAAAAAGGAAGGUCAGCACAACAAGGGAGGUCAUCAUCACUCGAAACAUCAUCACGAUCACCACGCUAAGAAGGGUCAUCACGAUCACGGACAUCACGACGAAGAUCAUCACGGGCAUCACGGCAAGCACGGUCAUGAGGAGCAUCAUCAUCACCAUGAAGAUUGGGCCAAAAAAGGUCACCAUCAUCAUGGAAACAAACAUCAUCAUUCUACAGGUCAUCAUUGA